CAGAAACACUUCAAUACCUAACAAAAAAAAAUAACUUUUCUUAUCAAAUAUUAUUAUUACCUAUAUAAAAUUACAACAUGAACGAAUCACAGAAAAUCAAACAAUUGGAUAGAAUGGUUAAGUUCAUAGAGUUUGAAGCAGAUGACAUUAUAAAAAAUAUUGAAUCUAAAUCAGAAGAUGAAUAUCAUAUGAAAAAGAACGAGAUGAUACUCAAGGGAAAAAUGGAAAUUAAUCAGUUUUACAACAAAAAGACGAAUCUUAUUAACAGGACAUCAGCGACAAUGAUUGCCGAACAAAUGACCAGUGCCAAGAUGGAAAUAUUGAAUACCAGAGACAAAUACAUUAAAUCCGUGUUGGCUGAUGUUAACAAAGAACUGUUAAAAAUGCGUAAGCAUAGACUACGUUACUAUCGAGAAAUUCUUAAAAAGUUAAUACUACAGGCAAUGUAUCAAGUUGUAGAACAAGAAGUUUGCUUAAUACUGGUAUCAGACGAUGUGGAAUACGUGACCUUAAUGAUCCCCGAAUUGAAACAAAUUUAUUUAGCCAACACUGGAAUAAACGUCAAAAUAAACAUUGAUAAAAGUAUUAAAUUACCGACUCAAGAAAUAGGAGGCGUCGUGGUCACGUCCAAAGAUCGAAGGGUACAUGUUGAAAAUACGCUUGUAGUGAGAUUGCUCUAUCUCACCCAACAAGCAAUACCAAUAAUAUGCACUGGACUGUUUGGACCAAAUCCCACUAGAACUUACUUAAGAGAUACAUAAUUACAAAAUAAGAACUUAUUAUAUUAUUAUUCAAUAUUUACGAGUAAAAGUAGGAUAUGAUAUCACAGGAAUAAGGUUUUAAGUAAUAUUAAAUAUUUAAUUCUAAUACUAAAUUUGAAUAAGAUCUUGAUAUUUAGGGGCGUUUGUAUCUGUCGAGCUCAUGUUAUCAUCACUGAAACAUUGAUAAAAUUUCAAGUAAAAAUAUAAUGAUUUAAAUAAAUUUUGAAUCUAAUUCACCUUAUUAAGAUUGAUGUAAACAAUGACGUAUCAUAAUGUUCGAAAUCUAAAAAAUAAAAACAACAAUGUGUUCGAUUGUCAGUGACUCAGUCUUGUAAAAUUAAAUCAAAAUUAAAUAUAUUAAUAUACCAA